CUCCUGGGGCGGCGGCGGGGGCGGCGGGGACUCCUGGAGCGGCGGCGGCGCUGGCGGCGGCUCCUGGGGCGGCGGCGGGGGGAGCUCGUGGAGCGGUGGCGGCGGGCCGGCCACUCCGGGCCUGCAGGGUCAGGCGGCCGCCGCAGGGGCCCCGCCGCAGCUCGGGCCGCUCGGGGGUGGCGAAGGCGCCAAAGCCAUCGUCAAGAACGAGGACAUCACCGUCACCGACCAGGACGGGAACAAGGUGGACCUGCAGCCCCUGCAGCUCUUCGCCGACUGCCCGUUCCCCGCGGUGCUGCAGAACGAGGUCGCGAAGGCGGGCUUCGUCUCGCCGUCCGAGAUUCAGGCGUAUUCGUGGCCUCUCGCAUUCCAGGGCAAGGACGUCAUCGGAGUUGCUGCCACGGGCAGUGGAAAGACGCUCGCGUUCCUCUUCCCCGCGUUCAAGCACAUCCUGGACAACCGGAUCCCCGCUCGCGAUCCGGUGCUCCUCACGCUGGCCCCCACGCGCGAGCUGGCCGUGCAGAUCGAGAAGGAAGCGCAGCGCUUCGGGCAGUCCAGCCAGAUCAGUUGCGUGUGCGCGUACGGCGGUGCCCCCAAGCACCAGCAGCUCAGCGCCAUGCGGGCGGGGGUGCACUGCCUCAUCGCGACGCCCGGGAGGCUGAACGACUUCCUGGAGGGCCGGCAGGUGCGGCUGGACAAGGUGGCGAAGUUGGUGCUGGACGAGGCAGACCGCAUGCUUGACAUGGGGUUCGAGCCCCAGAUCCGCAAGAUCUUGAAGGAGGUCCCGCAGAAGAGGCAGACCCUUUUCUUCACCGCCACCUGGCCGAAGGAGGUCAGGAAGCUGGCGGAGGACUUCCUGUACAAGCCGUUCAAGGUCCAGAUCGGCGACCGCGACGAGCUCAAGGCCAACACCGACAUCACCCAG